AUGGCAGAUGAUGUGGACCAGCAACAAACGACCAACACAGUAGAGGAGCCUCUGGAUCUCAUUAGGCUCAGCCUGGAUGAACACAUUUAUGUGAAAAUGCGAAAUGACAGAGAGCUUCGAGGAAGACUGCAUGCUUAUGAUCAGCAUUUAAAUAUGAUACUGGGAGAUGUGGAAGAAACUGUGACUACUAUAGAAAUUGAUGAAGAGACGUAUGAAGAGAUAUAUAAAUCAACAAAAAGGAAUAUUCCAAUGCUCUCUGUGCAGGGUGACGGUGUUGUGCUAGUUGCCCCUCCACCAAGAGUUGGCUGA